AAUGUACUCUACGAUUAAGACAAAAAAAUAUCAUCAAAUUUCAAAAGUUAGGUUUCUCUCCAUCACCACUGUCCAUAAUAAAUACCUUUCCGUUAAAGUUGAAACUUUAUCAACAACACUCAGACAUCCCACAUUCCCACCUUUCCUAUGAAAAAAGCAUUAUCAAUACAAAAUUACAUAAGAAUUUCUCCACCAUUAUACUUAGAUUCAAGCAAUUAAACUUACCCAAAAUGAAUUAUACAACCAAAUGUUUAUUCUUUUUCCUCCUAUUAUCAGUUUCAUCAAAAGCUCAAUUUCCCACGGUUAAUCCUUAUGAAUUUCUCCACAUUAUUCCAAAUCCAGACGGGUCAAUAACCCGACCCAAAGAAUUCUUCCCAAUUGUUCCACCCAACACUUCUUCUUCUCUUGCUUUCUCUAAAGAUGUCCCUCUUAACCCGGGUAAAAAAACAUGGGUUCGGGUCUACUUACCCAACAUACCCGAACCCGUUACCAACCUCCCAAUUGUGGUAUUUGCUCAUGGUGGUCAAUUCAUUCUUUUGAGCACAGCUAGUCCACAAUUUGAUUUUUUUUUAUCCAACACGGCGAGUCGACUCGCCGUGUUGGUUGUCUCGGUCGAGUAUCGACUCGCACCCGAACAUCGCCUCCCAGCUGCAUACGACGACGUUUUGGAGGCGUUGUUUUGGGUGAAAGAAAGAAAAGAUGAGUGGGUGGGUAAAUACGGUGACGUUUCGAGGUGUGUUCUUAUGGGUGAGAGUUCAGGGGGUAAUAUUGCGUACAAUGUUGGAUUACGAGCGUCUGAUCUAACACGUGAAUUACAUCCGUUGAUUAUAAGAGGUUUGGUAUUGAUCCAACCAUUUUUUGGUGGAGUAGAUCCGAAUAGUGUUAAGGCUGGUAAUCUUCAAGUAGUGAUUGAUUUAUUAUGGAAUAUGAGUCUACCAAUUGGAGCUCAUAAGAAUAAUCCUUAUUUUAAUCCGAUGUUCGGUGGCGGGUCAAGUAAUUUGGGGAAAAUUAAGGAUAUGGGUUGGCGGGUAGCGAUUGCGGGUUGUGAUGGUGAUUUUUUGUUUGAAAGACAAUUUGAGGUGUUUGGAUUUCUUAAGGAACGAAGGUUGGAUGUUGUUGAUUAUUUUUGUAGAGGAUAUUAUCAUGGUGUUUUUGUUGGAGAUCCUACUCAAGCUCAAAAACUAUAUGACUUAGUAAGAAAUGUAUUUUCUUUUAAUAUGAUUUCUUGAAUGUUUGUUAUGUUCUUUUGUAUAAGCUUGUCUUAUAUGUAUUCAUCAUUCUCGUGUAUUAUUGAUUUAUUGUUGCAUAUCAUAUAUUGAGUAACUAGACAUUGAAACUUAGCUUCAAGUUUUCAUGCUAGCUAGAUUUUCAAUUGGUACUAGAAUAUUGUUGUUUCCAAGGAUGAUGUAAACAUUUGUUUAAUUAUCCAUUAUAAAGUUCUAUUGGAGUUUCA